AAACAAUUCAUUCGCAGACAAAGGAACUCUCAACAGCACAAUACGAAUAACAACCCCCUCAAUGUAAGCAACAAAGAGCCGAAGGAUAUAUUGACGCAUUCCUUGAAGCAUAAAAAAGCAUCAUACAUGGAGGCUCGAACCUACGCAAGCAGGACAUGAUUAGAGGCAAAUAUCGCCGUCCAGUCCGCUUCCCCACGACCGCCCCAUAUAACAAAGAAUCUGCCCCAGGGACAGCAUCGGCAUCAUCAUCGGCAUCAUCAUCUCACGCCCGCCUCAGAACAACCAUAAGCAGGUUGCAUGGCCGUAGCGGCACUCCUAGGGACAACACCUUACAGCAACGACACAAGCAACCGCAGUUGAAAUCCGAUUCAUCCCCCCACACUACUCCUACUACCACCACUGCUACUACUGCCAUUGGGGAACCUUCAUCAAGCUCACCAGUGCACCCUCAUUCGCACGACAAGCGGAGUAAAAAGAAGAAGAAGAAGAAGGAGAAGAAAAAGAAUAACAUGGCUGCCCCACCAAGCCUCCCCGCUCAACCCCACUAUCAAAAGAGCAUUCCGGACCUAUUCACACAGCUACCCCUCAUCCGCGACCAGUUGGUUACGGAGACUUCGAAGACGCAGGAUGCCACGGUUGACCAGUGUCUCCCGUUCCUGAAGGGGCUGGCCAGUUCGCAGAAUGGCCCGUUCAAUCGAUUUGGUGUGCCAAGGCUGGACCGGGACGAGCAUGUUUCGUUCCUAUAUGACUCGCUCGAGUCUUAUCCGGAGCGUUUUGUUGGGCUUGAUUCAAGUCGUCCGUGGAUGGUCUAUUGGGCGUUGGCGGGAUUGCAUUUUUUGGGAGAAGAUGUUACGAAGUUUCGGGAGCGAGUCAUAGCUACUGCUGCCCCGAUGCAAAACCCUACAGGGGGUUUUGGCGGAGGGCACGGUCAGAUGUCGCAUUGCGCUUCUUCUUACGCACUUAUACUUUCUCUAGCCCUGGUGGGCGGGCAGGAUGCAUUUAAACUAGUCAAUCGGACAGCGAUGUGGCGAUGGCUGGGGAAAUUGAAGCAAGCAGAUGGUGGCUUUCAGGUAACCCUUGGCGGUGAGGAGGAUGUACGAGGUGCAUACUGUGCGAUGGUGAUAAUUGCAUUGCUGGAUCUUCCGCUCCAACUCCCUCCGGAUUCGCCCGCUAGACAUGCUGGCCUAGACACCUUCAUAAGCGGGCUGCCAGAAUAUUUGUCUAGAUGUCAAACCUUCGAAGGUGGCAUUUCUGGAAGUCCGGGGACGGAAGCACACGGUGCAUAUGCAUUUUGUGCUUUGGCAUGUCUAUGCAUUCUUGGCGACCCUAAGGAGAUGAUCAAUAGAUAUAUGGAUCUUCCGCUCUUGAUAUCAUGGCUCUCAGCUAGACAGUGUGCCCCUGAAGGUGGGUUCGCGGGAAGGACUAACAAACUGGUCGAUGGAUGUUACAGCCACUGGGUUGGCGGUUGCUGGCCCUUGAUCCAAGCCGCAGUCAAUGGCAUCCAGUCUACAUCCACCCCGUCAUAUUCAAGAUCUGGCAGUCUUUUCCACCGCGAAGGAUUGACGCGAUAUAUCCUCAAUUGUUGUCAAGGGCCCCAUGGCGGACUACGAGAUAAACCAGGCAAAAACCCCGAUUCCUACCAUACCUGUUAUAUCCUCUCUGGAUUAAGCACCGCCCAGCACCACCACUUCAAUACAGGCGUUGCAUCGGUGACAGGACCCGACAAUCCUUUUCCGUCCGCAUUUUCCUGGUCGCAUGCACCUGUAACCGCUUCAACGGAACACGACCAGUCUACUAUCGUUUUUGAUGAAGGAGAUCGACUAGAAGUGGUCCAUCCUCUCUUCGUGAUCCCGCAUCGUGCAGCGGAGAAUAUGCGGGAAUGGUGUGAGAAGUAUCCUCUCCAAAUUUGAACAUCAAAAAGGUCCGCAUUUAUCGGCAUGACACAAUGGUGUUUUGGGCUGAACAUUAUGGGAAGGCAACCUUUGUGCCGCUUCGAAGAUAUAUAGUUCGGAUCCAAGAGAUCCAGUAGGAGAAGUUAGGAUUGUUUUUCCUGUAUAUACUACAUAGGCAAGUUCUUGAGACAACUAGAAGGUAGUAAGGCUACGAACAACGUAAGAUCAAGGCUAGUUGUCUUUUCAAUCUCGCGUACUGGAACGCUCAAAUCUUCAUGUUCCUACUGGAGGAAACAGUCCAAAUGAACUGAAUCCCAUGUCUUGGCGUCCAUUGUAACCUUCUGUAACUGGUCACGUUUUCCAGAGUCAAAAGCAACCUCCUCGCCUCUCUCUCUUCCUUCUGAGGAGAAUAUCCUGUGUCUCGGUGGCAUGGUUUGAUCAUAUUGACGCCAUAGGAAUGUUACAUCCAGAAGAAGCGUUGAGGGCUGAGCUAAACAGCACCCCUUUCUUUCUUCUUGUAUCACUAGUUUGUCCUGACUGCAGCUGCAAGCCGUAUCCAGCGAGGGGGUUAUAUGACCUCUGAUUCCAGAUGGGCCAGCUCGCCUCUGAUUCCUGAGACGCUUCUUCAGGUCGUGACGUGAAAAUGAACGAACCUGCGCGAGAGUAAGACGGCAAGAAUGAGAGUGUGUUUUAUUUCUUCAGGUCGCAUUGUGGAUCUGCACGAUUAUAUCGCCUCCUGCAAGCACGGGAAGCAUUCAUUAGCAUAGCGAAUCAUCCUCUCCCCUUGGCUAGGAGGAGUCAAUCUUGGGAUUACGAGAAGACGCCAGGAUUAUCCUGUUUCUUCCCCAAUACCCUGUCCAAUGAUGCUGCCGUCGACUGUUACGAACAAAAUGUCGGGAACGAAACGGUUUGCGGAAUAAUAUGGGUGGAACAUUUAACCUUUUAUCAUGCUUCCUGGGCAGUUGAACUAAGGGCGCACUUGAUUCGCCGAAAGCCACACAUAAAUGUGCAUAGGCGCAGGCGUUAGUUUUCGUUUAUCCUUGGGAGUUAUGACUUUCUGGAAAAGGAGAUCUUCGAUCAUUACUAUCCUAUGAUUUCACCCAUUUUUAAGGGUCUCUCUGCGAGAAAUAUUUAUUCGUAUUUAAAAGCGGCAAAGUACAUGUACAUGCUGGACCCUCGUGGUCUGCGUCGUCCAUUUCUGGAACAUGAUGCAGCGUCUUCCCCACUGGUGAGGAGCCAUCGAUUGCCAACUCAUCAUUGCAUCCUCAAUGCCUGUCACUAGUCGAACGACAACGCACCGGCAGCGCCAGUUCCUUUGCCCAAACACUGCGUUUUGGAUCCAUUUCGUAUCAAUAUUCCGCUGAGUUCGGAGGCUGCCUAGUUGCCGCAGGUUUGUCGAUUAUACUGCCACUCAGCCGAACUCUGAGCAGAAGUGUUCCUCGUUUAUCGUGUCCUACUGUCAUAUUAGUGGAUUACGUGCGACUCUGAUGAUGACCCGGCAAAUCGGUCAUUCUUGAUGCAAAACUUGUGGCAUAACCCCCUGCUCCCUUAUAAGGACUAGCGAAAGAACAAGGGUCGAUGAAUGGAGGCAGAUGAGAGUUUGUGGGGCUGGAGCUUCCCGAGAAAAGGCAACUAUUAAUUUACUGCAGACAAUUCUGGCAUCAUGCGUUUCGCGCCAGGAUUCUACUUCAAAUUCAGCGCGUCUUGGGCAUCGCGAAUCCAACCAUUGCGAAUAUAAAAUACAUUAGCGGAAGUUGGUAGUGUUCCAGCACGCCGAGAGAGGGUGAUUCUGCUCCUGCUCUGCGGGGUCUGUACCAUUUUCUGGCUGUGCUUUGAGGGAGACGCCUCGUAAGACCAAACGUUGCGCACAAUCUGGCUUUGGCAGCACUGGUGGGCCUACGGUACAGCUGUUCGAGUGUCUUGUCUGAGCCGGACGAGCCAAUCCUCGUCGCUUAGAUCGACGCCGAAUUAAAUCUUGAUAGGCUCAACAAUGAAGUUCUCGAGCUUCCCCAUUAUCCGUCACUGGCAGAAAGCCAUGCCAACACAUCAAGGCAGGAAUAAUCAAAAAAAACUCAGGUAGAGAGCGAUAAUUUCCUUUCCCACAGCAUCCCCCUUUUCUAUCCGGUCAUUUCAAAUCCCUCGAUUGAGUUAAACCUUGAUUGCCAGGGUUAAUACCUAUUUCUAGCCCCACCCAUAUAUUUUACGCUACAUUAAAUCACGCUUGCUUCGCUGUCUACAAUGGCUUGUUUUCUCAUUAGACGUAUCGGCCAGAGCAACCUUUUUUAUUUUUAUUUUUUGUAUCGCAUAUUUUAGAGCCUUUACCCGCUAUUCUUUUAUUAAUCCAUAGGUACCUCCCGGUUUAUUUGCCAAUCUGCCAACAACCUGUUUGUCCAGCACACUUAAAGGAUCUUAAGGCGGUUGUAUACUGGUGGCGCUGCUGGGCAUCAAGCUUCUUCAUCCUCCUUAGGUUCAUACUGCCAAUUCAACGACCUCACUUGGGCACCUCCAGCCUUAAUCGUCGGGUAUCAAGUUCGAUAUUCCGUCGGGAUUUUCACCAUCGAAAUGUACUACAUUCUGUACCUUGCGAGUAUGUUGCCCUAAAUAUCCUAGGAGAGAUUGUGGAAGCUUGAGCGAAAAUGGAAAAGAAAACAAAACCAGCCCAGCAUAUCAAUUGCUUUUUCAUGAGUCGUCAUGCCUGCCCCGCAGAUAACUUAACGAUGCUGUGAUUUUCUUUUUCUUUUGGUCAAGGUGCCUGCUUUUUUAUUCCAGCGGUUAACUGGGAACCAACCCACAAGAAAACUUGCUGUCUCUUCCCCUUCCCCUUCACCAUUAAUCCGGGAUCAACUGGGCCUAAUAAGCUUUUAUACCCCGGAGUUUUUUUUUAAACCCUGAGCAUCCGCGGCUAUCAAAAGCUCAUCGUUG